AUGCCCAACUCAUUAGCCAUCGAUGUCUUAAUGCCCAACGGAUUGCUCAUUGAAGUGAUGGCUAACAGAGAGUCCUCUUUGGACACAAUUAAAGCCAAUCUAUGGAUCGAAGCGAAGAAGAAUGUCUUCUAUCGGACCCUAAAUGAGAUGAAUUGUUAUAUCUUUGUGUCCGUCACUCAGGACUCAAAAGUGGAGGAGUUUUACGACGAGUCCCGAAGACUUUGCGACUUAAGGCUCUUUGAGCCGAUCCUUAAACUCGUUGAACCCGAAGGUAACAAAGAGGAGAAGAUAUUGUCCUCUGAGAUGAGUUUAGCCAUCGGUAAAGCCAUUCACGAAUUCGACUCAAUCAAAGAGCCCGAAGUGAUUGAGUUUCGCCGAAACAUUCAGACAAUCUGUCGCCGUAUUGUCGAUCGCAGGGAAUCACUACCUCUUCAGCAAAGGGUGUUUUACGCCUUUCCUCCAGAAUUGGACGAAACCAUGACUAAUGAUAGCCAAACAAAAGAGUUACUCGAACUGAAUGUUUGGACUACUUUUGCCGAUCAAAUGAGUGAAUCCCAUGUUUUACAAGUGGAUCCCAAAUACUCGUGCUCUGACCUCAUCUCUCAUGUCCUCUCUUUAGUCAAAUUCAAGUCCCAAACUUUAGUCGAGGAUUUCGUUCAACAAAAUAAAGACCGAUUUGUGCUCAAAAUUUGUGGAUUUGAACAAUACUUGUUAGGAAACUAUCACUUAUACAGAUAUACCUACAUCCGGUCGUGUAUAUCACAGGCAAAAGUGCCGCAAUUGCUUUUGGUUGAAGAAUGUGAACUCAAUGAAAAAGUGCCCCGAAGUUCAUUUCUUAUGUCCUCUUUCUUGAGAAGAACCGGUUCUUUAAGCAUUGGUUCCCAAAAUCCAGACAUUAUGAAUGGCUUAGAGAACAAUCAAUUGAUGUCUUUGUGGAAAAUCGAGUCUUUCCUACGAUUUCGUGUGGUUUCUGCCACUUAUGUCAAUGUGAGAGAUGUGGACAGCAUUUACGUGAAGGCAGGCAUAUAUCACGGCGCGGAAGCCCUGUGUGAGGAAAAGCACACACAGAAUGUUGUGCCACAGAAUCCCCGUUGGAAUGAAACGCUUGAAUUCGAUCUCUUUAUACCGGAUAUUCCUCGAAACGCGAGACUAUGUCUGUCUAUAUGUGCGGUCACUUACAGGAAGCGUAAGGAAGAACACUAUGCCAUCGCUUUUGGUAAUAUGCAGUUAAUCGACUUCAAGAGCCGAUUCCUAAGCGACAAAAUCAGUAUUCAUUUGUGGCCAAUGCCUAAGGGAUACGACGAUUUGCUCAACCCUUUAGGUAUGAAUGGCUCGAACCCUAACAAAGACUCGCCAUGUCUUCAAAUAGAGUUCGACCGUUUUGUACCGCCGGUGGUCUACCCGCCCGACCAAGUCAUUGAAAAUUACGCUCUUUUCAUCAAGAAAUGCCAGACGAAGAAUCAAUUGAGCGGUUUAUCCGAUUCCCAGAGCAGUUCCCGUUAUGACAGCGAAGACCCGGUUUCGUUGCGUGAAAUGAUGUCUCAAUUGCCAGAAAUCUUACGACGCGAUCCAUUGUCCGAACUCUCCGAACAGGAAAAGGACUCGUUGUGGAGGUUUCGCAACACUUUGUCUACAAUUCCCGAUUCAUUGCCAAAACUGUUAGAUGCGGUCAAAUGGAACUCAAGGGAUGAAGUCUCACAACUAUAUCUACUCCUCAAGAACUGGUCGACUAUUAAAGUGGAGACCGCUUUAGAGUUGUUAGACUGUAAAUACGCUGAUUUGAAGGUGAGAUCGUGUGCUGUCAAGUGGUUAGACGAGGGCCUCACUGACGAUCAUUUACUACAAUAUUUGCUACAAUUAGUUCAAGUGCUUAAGAAAGAGCCCUAUUAUGACAAUCAAUUGUCGGACUUCUUAUUGAGUCGGUCUCUCAUGAAUCAAAGGAUCGGUCACUUCUUCUUCUGGCAUUUGAAGUCCGAAAUGUACGAACCCUUGCAUUCAUUACGUUGUGGUAUAUUAUUAGAGGCCUAUUGUCGUGGUUUGCCUUUCGAUAGUUUGCAUUCAAUGGUCAGACAAGUGGCUGCUCUCGAAAAACUCGAGAAACUGACGGAUGUAUUGAAAGAACGCAAAGACGAGACACAAAAAGACAGACUCCGUUUCCUUUCCAAUUACAUAAAACAAGCCGACUAUUUAGAAGCUCUACAACAACUGCCAAACCCUUUGAACAGUAGUCUUAUUUUGGGCCAGAUAUCAGUCGAAGAGUGCAGAAUCAUGGACUCAGCCAAACGGCCCCUUUGGCUCGUUUGGUCAAAUCCCGACCCAAUGGCACACAUCUCUUGCCCAACGAAUGCCAUUAUCUUUAAAAAUGGCGACGACUUAAGACAAGACAUGUUGACAUUGCAAGUGAUUCGUAUAAUAGACCUGAUAUGGCGUCGCGAGAAUCUGGACCUAAAGAUGCUUCCGUACACAUGUCUGGCCACUGGAAAACAGGUCGGAAUGAUUGAAGUGGUGAGGAAUGCGAAGACUGUUAUGAAUAUUCAACGGAGCGGUGGCUUUAAGGCGGCCCUUCAGGUGGACUCGAGUCAACUGAACAAAUGGAUUAAAGAUAAAAACAAAGACAAGUAUAACAGCGCUGUCGACAACUUCACGAAGUCGUGUGCGGGUUAUUGUGUGGCCACUUUCAUACUCGGAAUCGGCGAUCGAAACCCCGAUAACAUUAUGAUCACAGAAGACGGACAGAUCUUUCACAUAGACUUCGGCCACUUUUUGGGUCACUUUAAGAAAAAAUUCGGAUACAAUAGAGAAAGGGUUCCCUUUGUUCUGACCUACGAUUUCCUUCAAGUGAUUUCCAAGGGAUCAGAGAAUCCUCUCAAGAGUAAAGAAUUUGAAGCUUUUCAGCAACUGUGCGGUCGGGCAUAUCUGGCGCUCCACCAAAACGCCAAUCUAUUGAUAGCGUUGUUUACAAUGAUGUUGUCGACCGGUAUUCCGGAAUUGCAGUCAAUGGAAGACAUCAGUUAUUUGCGACAGACUUUGCAGGUGGAGAAGGGAAGCGAUGAGGCGCUCAAGUACUUCGAGGCCCAACUCGAUGAGGCACACGGCGGCGCCUGGUCUACCAAAUUGGACUGGUUUUUCCAUUCAGUCAAACACAGAACAUAA